CAGCUCUCAUCCCUCCGGAGGAAGAGUUCUAGCCUCAUGGGGGAAACUCCUUUGAGCCAGUCCAGUCCUCGAGGGGCACAGAAGUUCAGGAAGCCAUGGCUUUUGUGCAUAGCUGCCCUGUUGCUGGCACUGUUCUAUACCACUGGUGCACUGAUCUUUACUUCAUUCAAGCCAGCUGCCAAAGAGGCCUGCAUGGUGAAGUUUGAACUAUUACCCUCAAAAUGGCAAAUGACAUCUCCUGAACCUUUUUGUGUGAAUAUGACAUCUGAUGGGAUGCUGAAGAUACUUCGCAAUGGCGUGUACUUAAUCUAUGGCCAAGUGACUCCUGUUGCUAAAGAACACAUAAAAAACCCUGCUUCCUUUAUAGUACAGCUUGUUAGAAAAGACGAUGAUGUCUUACAAACUGUAAUGAGUGACUUUCAAAUCGUAACCAUAGGAGGGAUUUAUGACCUGAAAGCUGGAGAUACCAUAUAUUUGAGGUUCAACAGUAAUGACCACGUUCAGAAAAAUAAUACAUACUGGGGGAUUGUUUUAGUGCCAGAUCUCAUAUUCAUCUCCUAGAGAUUUAGUUUUAUCCCUUCAUCUUCUUCAGUGUAUCUAGAGAUACUGGUGGGUUAGGGUUAGGGCGUUGAUUGUUGGCAAUGCACACAGUUUGUGAGGGCUUACAACCCAACACAGACAGAACCUCUUGGCACAUAAGAUUUUAACUCUCCUAUCUGUCUGAAGAAGACUCAGCAAAUGGGCCAAAUCCUUAAUGUUGGGCCUGCAAAUACACAUGAAUAAUUCAUGAUAAAAAUGUACGGGCAACAG